AUGCGUAAAACGGAUGAAUUAAUUCAACGAGCUAUUUGCGAACAAUUUAAAAAAUGUACAGUAUUAACAAUAGCUCAUCGAUUACGUACAGUAAUUGAUAGUGAUCGUAUUAUGGUGCUUAGUCAUGGAGAAUUAUUGGAAUUUGAUUCACCUUUUGUAUUAUUAUCUAAUCGUGAAUCUGAAUUUGCAUCAAUGGUUAAUGAAACAGGUGCGGCUGAAGCUGAACAUCUUCGAAUGUUAGCAAGUAUUGCUUCAGUAAAAGUCAAAUGCAUGGAUAAGAAUCUCAACGACGAUAAUGAUUUAUCGCCAGAAGCGGAAGAACGUGAUCCUUUAGUCAUAAAAAGAAAAUCUCUGGGAUGUCAGAAAUAA